UACAUAUACACCGGAUAGGUCGGUUGAUUCAUAGAUCGAUACACAUAUACAGAGAUAAGCCAAACUAGCACCCCCUCUUUCUCUCUCGCAACACUUUGGGUUCCGAUCGGAUCUACCGGAGGCGAGUGAAAUCCUUAGCGUCCAUGUCUGAUACUGGGGGCGGCGGCGGCGGCGGUGUGCUGUACAAGAGGAUCCCUCCUCCGGAACCGGAACCCCAACACGAGGAGGGUCCUCGUUUUCCUACCUCGCCGUCCUACGAGUGCUACCCAGAGUAUGGGAGCAUGGCUGAUUACAUUCCCGCUCGCACCGGCCACCGCGGCCUCUCCGAUGAUUACCAUGAUUAUUGGGCUAGAAAUCCCGAUAAUUCAAAGAUGAUCCCUCCUCCUCCUCCGCCGGAACCCCAGGACGAGGAGGGUCCUCGUCUUCCUACCUCGCCGUCGUACGAAUGCUACCCACAGUAUGGGAGCAUGGCCGAUUACAUUCCCGCUGGCCUCUCCGAUGAUUACCACGAUUAUUGGGCUAGAAAUCCCAGUAAUGUUCCCACUUACAAUAUCGGUGGCGACUCCUCGGCCUUUGAUGCCAUGUACGAGGACGACGACUGCGGUCUCACCGCGGCGGACCUCGAGCGCCAGACCAACGAGUACAUAACCGCCGCGCUCGACCACUACAACAGCCAAGACCAGAACCAGGUCAAGUAUGAGCUCGUCAGAGCCAUAUACACUAGCACGGCGAUCAUGGAUGAAAGAGGCUUCUAUGGUCAUGUAAACUUCACCGCCAAAAGCAGCUUGGAGAAUUCAAAGGAGGAGUUAUUGUUCGCGGAGGUAUAUUACGAGCGCGGCAGCGAUACGUGUAUACCCACCUCCAUAGUUUCUUUGGAAGGGCAAAAUGGAGUUGGUGGGGUUAAGGGCAAGGACAUUUGUGGUCCCUAUCGUGGCAUGGAGAUUCGUGUCGACACUCAACAUUGCUAUGCAUGUCUAGAAGCCGUGAAGCACCCGGAGGAUGGAACAUUGUAUGAGACCGGUCAUCACGUGGAUGGCUGCUAUGGCUAUUUGUUGUAGUUAAUAACUAGUCAAAUGCAAAGCGUGUGCAUUCAUUAUUCUAUUUGGCAAUAAUUCAAAGUCAAGAUGAAAUAUGUGUACAUUUGUUAUUCUAUUUUGUUCAA